CAGUCGAUGAACUCAAGUUAAACGAAACGGGUUGUUUUAAACAAGGGACACAAAAAGCAGAGAAAUCUCCCGAAAAUUUCAGCCAUGGCAUCUUUGGGGCUGCAAAUGUUAGGAAUUGCGCUCGCGUUUGUCGGGUGCUUAGGGGACAUCAUAACCUGCAUCAUUCCUAUGUGGAGAGUUACAGCUUUCGUCGGCAACAACAUCGUUACGGCGCAGAGCACUUGCGAGGGACUGUGGAUGGGAUGUGUGGUACAAAGCACGGGACAGAUGCAGUGCAAAGUGUACGAUUCAAUGCUCGCGUUAUCCCCGGACUUGCAAGCCGCGCGUGCUUUGGUCGUCAUCUCAAUCUUGCUCUCUCUCUUUGGCAUCAUCUUGGCCAUUGUGGGUGGCAAAUGCACCACUUGUAUCGAGAACAAAACCGCGAAGGCAAGAGUUGUCCUUUCUGCGGGGAUGUUUUUCAUUAUAAGUGGCCUGCUGUGUCUCACACCUGUCUGCUGGUCAGCGCAUACCAUCAUACGAGACUUCUACAACCCGCUCUUUCCAGAUGCGCAGAGACGGGAGCUCGGGGCGUCUCUCUACACUGACAUGGCUGCCUUUGGUCUUGAGAUAGUGGGAGUCACUCUCUCAGUUCUUGGCUGGAUUCUCGGCAUUGUGUGCUGUGCCAUGCCAAUGUGGAGGGUUACUGCGUUCAUCGGCACCAAUAUUGUCACAGCGCAGGUGUACUGGGAGGGAAUCUGGAUGAGCUGUGUGGUCCAGAGUACGGGACAGAUGCAGUGUAAAGUGUACGACUCCAUGCUGGCUCUUCCGAUGGACCUACAGGCAGCUCGUGCCCUGGUGGUGGUGUCCAUCAUCUUAGGUGUCCUAGCACUACUUGUUGCUAUAAUGGGGGCCAAGUGCACCAACUGCAUUGACGAUGAAGCGACCAAAGCUCGUGUGAUGAUCAGCUCUGGUGCUGCUUUCAUAACUGCUGGAGUCAUGCUGCUUAUUCCAGUGUCCUGGUCAGCACACACUAUUAUUUUGGAGUUCUAUAGCCAAGUUGUACCAGAAGCUCAGAAGAUGGAAAUAGGAGCAUCGCUGUACCUGGGCUGGGCUGCUGCGGCUCUGUUGCUGAUCGGGGGAUCCAUCCUGUGCUGUAGUUGCCCACCUCAAGAGAUGCCAAAGUACCAACCCCAAAGUCGUAUUGGCUACUCACCUCACCACUCAGUGGCUGCAAGCACCUACAACAAGAGAGACUAUGUCUGAGGGCAUCAUAGAACAUUUGAGUCUUUCAUAGAAGUAAAUUGUGGCCAUGUGGGUCGGAGGUAACGUAACUGAAAAUGUAGUUUACUUUUAUUUGUGAAUAUGUCUACGUAUUUUUGCAUAAGUUCUAUAUAUAUAUAUAUAUAUAUAUAUAUAUAUAUAUAUAUAUAUAUAUAUAUAUAUAUAUAUUAUUUUUUUUUUUUUUUUUAAUUAUUUUAUUUUUUUUUGCCAAUUAGGGCCCAUUGUCACUCCAAACUUGGUUAAAAAUAUUUUGGAUCCAGUUGCAGAAAUAUUGAGUAUAGUACAGUGUUAAGAUUGUAAGUUUUAAAUAAAUUUGUUAGGAGAUUUAAAGGAACAUGUGGGAACAAAGCAAAGGUCAGUGAAAGUAAGACUGAGAUUUACUUUUUUUUUAUUUUUCUUUAUUUUGCGUGUACAUUCUCGUUCUCUGUUGUCUAGUGCUAAAAUGUGUGUUGAAACUAGCUGUAUAUUUAGUUUAGCCACACAUUAGCCUCCAAUUUCAUAAUAAUGAAUCAAAUUUGAGUCUGUUUAAUUUAUGAAUUUGAAAGGACCUCAGAUAAGAUGAUCUUGUUUAAACAAAUUCUUCCUCUUACAUUUAGCUACAGUACGUAACUAGGCUGUUUUUGUUUUUAGACUUCCUGUUUUUAGAAUCAUGACAACAUAUGCCGUAAAGGAACAGCACCAACCUACCUUUUAAAUGCAAAUAUAGUUGAUCAUUUGAAUACUGGUCCAAUACCUUAUCAUCUCUUAUAUAUGAUAGGUUACAUUGUACUUUUGUCUCGCUGUAGGAUAAUGUUUGGACUGAGGAAUGUUAAAGGAAUAGUUCACCAAAAAAUUUUAAUUCUCUCAUCAUUUACUCACCCAUGCCAUCCUAGAUGUGUAUGAAUUUCAUUCUGCAGCUGAACACAAACAAAGAUUUUUAGAAGAAUAUAUCAGAUCUGUAAGUCCUCACAAUGCAUGUGAAUGGUGACCAGAUCUUUGAAGCUCCACAAAUGACAUGAAGGAGGCAUGAAAGUAAACCAUAAGAUACAGUGGCUAAAUCCAUAUCUACUGAAGCAAUUGGGUGAGAAACAGAUAAUUAUUUAAGUCCUUUUUUAUUUUACUAUCAAUCUCCACCUUUGACCAGUCCCAAACAGUAGGUAGUCUUCAAUGUUCUGGUUGAAUACCAUUCCCUUGUAUUGUGAUGACCAAUAGAGCUGAAAUAUAAUAAUAUUUAUCUUAUGUAUUGCAGAAGAAAGAAAGACAUACACAUCUGGGAUGGCAUGAGGGUGAAUAAAUGAUGAGAAAAUUUACAUUUUGGGGAGAACUAUCUGUGUAAGUGCUGUUGCGUGUGUGCUAUCAAUAUACAAAAUGGAUGUAUGCAUUUGGCAUUUGUGUGUGCAUAUAUUAUUAGACUGCAUAAACAUUAAAACAGAUUAUGAAAAGGGAAAAUACAUUUGGUUUGCUUUCCACUAUGGAGAGACACAAAGAUGAAACUUGACUCAAGCUUUAUAUUCCAACCCUGGAUAACACAACAGGGUACAUAGAGAUUAUAUGAGCAGACACCUCCCAAAAUUUCAUUAUGUAUUAAAUGUACAAUGUACAAGUGUGUAUUUGCCAGUUGCCUUGUUGAUAAUGUAUUUGAAUAAAUAUAUUCAUAUGUAUUCUUGACUAUUAUAGUUCAAAUAAGAUGCACUUCUACAUUUCUUUUCUGACAAAGGAAUUCAAAUUCCUAAUGGACACCAAAUUAAAUAGUUUGAAAAAACGAU